CACAAGAAAGACAAACAAAAAAGAAACAUAAAAAAAGGUGCCAUUGUUGUUAAUAUAGUUUUCUUCGUGGGUUUACCUUUUGCCUUGCCUCCUUGCUUCGCUGUCGUUUCGCCGGCCAACGGCAAAAAAGAAACAAUUGUUUCCGUUUUUUUCAGUAUCAUCUCAUUGCAAAUUCCAUUCCUUUCUGUCACUCACUCUGCUCCCUUUUGAUUGAUUUUAUCAUAUUUUCAAGAUGAACGACCUUCUUACUGAUUCGUUUGCUGAUGAAGGUAAUCAUGGUCAGCCUUCUAGACAAGGUGAUAUUGAAAUGGGAAUGCAGGUUCAGAGAAGCAACUCUGAUCUGGGAAUGGAAGCUUUUAAUAAGCAGAUCCAUGAGGUCGACAAACAAAUCGAUAAGCUCUCUGGGCUACUUCAAAAGCUAAAGGAAGCUAAUGAAGAAUCAAAAGCCGUUACAAAAGCAUCUGCUAUGAAAGCUAUCAAGAAGAGGAUGGAGAAGGAUAUUGAUGAAGUUGGAAAGAUUGCACAUGGUGUCAAAACAAAAAUAGAAGCUAUAAACAGAGAUAACUUAAACAACAGAAAAAAGCCUGGUUGUGAGAAGGGAACGGGUAUUGACAGAGCGAGGAUGAAUAUGACAAAUGCCUUAACUAAAAGGUUCAAGGAUCUAAUGACAGAGUUUCAGACUCUUAGACAAAGAAUACAAGAUGAAUAUCGUGAGGUUGUUGAGAGAAGAGUUAUUACAGUCACUGGAACUAGGCCAGAUGAUGAGACAAUUGAUCACCUGAUUGAAACUGGAAAUAGUGAACAAAUCUUCCAGAAGGCAAUUUUAGAAGCAGGCCGAGGACAGGUUGUAAGCACAGUAGAAGAAAUUCAGGAGAGACAUGAUGCUGUGAAAGAAAUUGAGAAAAAGCUUCUUGAUUUGCACCAGAUUUAUCUCGACAUGGCAGUCUUGGUUGAUGCUCAGGGAGAGAUUUUAGACAACAUCGAAAGCCAGGUGACAAACGCAACUGAUCAUGUUAGAUUGGGAAACGAUGCUCUUCAAACUGCAAAGAGUUAUCAAAAGAGGUCAAGAAAAUGCAUGAUCAUUUCUGUUAUACUGGUCUUGAUCAUCGCCGCCAUUAUCGUGAUCCCCAUUUUGAAAACAAGGAAGAAGUGAUGAUCACCACAAGAGAAAGUGACUUACUCAAACAUAGGAAAACAUAUGUUACAUAACAUUUACGAGAAAAUUAUACACGAAAUCUUUUUGUUGCUGUGAUUUGUCCUGGUUUUGAUACUUUUCCUUUCUCAAACUGGCUCUGCUUGAAUAAUUGAACAUCUUAUGCAUCAUAAGAUAUGGAAUUUUUCUCUCCUUUCACUGACAACUUGAGAGAAAAAUUAACUUCUGCAAUACAUGGACCAUGACUCUGUCAUAUAAUUGAUAUUUACAUCCAUCAUUUUGGCUAUUUAACUGCAACUUCAAAAGGGACUGUGGCAGGAGCUGUGAACUAUGAAUAGUUAAUUGGUUAAACAUAUAUAAUAUAUUUGGAUUGAUGAUUGAAUAGGAUUAAUAUUUGAUUAAUGAUUCAGGAAAACAGAUGCAAGUAUGCAUACACUGAGGUAAGCCUGAAUUUUGUCAAAUACUCUACUAAAACUAACUCAAAUGGCUGAGAAUGAUCACAUGAAACCAAACCUUGAAAGCAUUAAUAGAUGACAAUGGUAGCAAAACUUAAAAGAUGUAAGAUCUUAUGCCACCAUUACUCCAAUCUUACCUGCUUCUUUCAAGUUGAUGUUACCAUGUUAAGUAGUCUUUCAUGAUCCCAUCCUCAUUUAAGGUAACUGAUUUCAGAUAGAAUAGCCUUUCUUGUUAGCCUAAUAGCUCAUUUCAUAAGCUUGGACAUAUGCACUCAAGUGCUGUUGCUGCCUGUGCUAUCAUCAUACAAUAUCUCAUGCAUUACCACCUAAUUUUUAGAAUAAUUUCAAAUUUUGAUAGCCUUACCACCUAUUGUCCAAUGUCCAUAGCUAUGCAGUAUCAUUGAUUAGUUACCAAAAACAACUUCCCACGGAAAGUUGAUUUCGCAGAGGUGGUUGUGACCCCAAGUGAACUUGACUUGCAAUUCAGGGGUUCAAAUAUUAUCACCUAUAAUAUCUAACCAUCAUUGGGGCCUGGAACUGCCGAGCAAUCCCUUAGACCGAAACCAACUUCUCUAUCUGAGCAUCUAAUCAUUGAGGAAAACAAGAAGUUAACAUGAAAGUUCUAAAUGCAUAAAAAUUCUUAAAGAUGAUUGAAAGGCCAAUUUGAUUUUGUGGUCCUUGCCCGAGAGGCUUAUGGAAUUGAGCUUUAGCAAUUCGACUUGAUGCAAAAUGGGAUUAUGGACUGUCCUCAGACCACGAUUUUGAUAAUCUCAUUGCCUAUAGCUUCAAUAAACAAAAUGCAUAUGCAACAAAAUUUGUCAACACCAAGCUACUAGCACUCACUACUUACAAAGGUUUCCAACUUCAACCAUCUAUCCAUACCCCGUGACUAUGAAGAAUACCUUAAAAGGCUAAUAUAUUUCAUUUCACCCGCAUUUUUUCCUCACCAAAAGAAUAGCAGGAACUCCAGCUUCUCCAAGACUCCAACUAAACUCAUCUAUAAGCAAAUAGAUUCAACUUUCAGACUUACAAGACUCUGCUAGUUAAAUAACCCAACAACCAAAUGGGAAAUUUUGUUACUAUCAGAAUUGAAGCAGACACAUGGAAAUAGAGAAACAGUAUAAUAUGCUUUUGAGCAUCAUGGAUAGCACUAUUUCGUGACAAAAAGCAUGAGUAUUAAAUUAUCAAAAUAUAAAAAGUCAUGCCAAAUGCCAAUCAAUAGCUUGGAUUUUUCUUCUACAAAUAAUCUAUUGUAAGAUCACAAACUCCUAAUAAAAACAAGCAAGGUAGCAAUAAGAUUAUCAAAGCUUGAUCAUCUGAAAAAAGGAUCUAAAUUCAAGCAGCAUAGCAAGACCAAGCUUGGAUAUCUAAAACCACAUGAUUUUAGGUCAGAGUUGAACAUUCAGCACAACACCAGGAGUUCUCAAAAUUUCACAUUGAACAAGAGAGUUAUAAGGAAAUUGAUCGAGCUAUACGCAAGCUGUUAUUUUUACUGAAAAAAAAAAAAAACAAUAAAACAAAAAAUAUUAAAAUUUACCAUUUCCUUGAGGAAGUAACACCAAACAUCAAAUCAACAAGAUCUAG